UUCUUACUGAAGCUGAAAGAGGGCGAAAGGUCGCGAAGUUGGAAAGAAUAAUCGAGUUUAACGAAACCUUUGUUUAUUUAAAGUAGAAUAUCGAUCCUUUUGCAUUUUUCAGUCGCAACGUUUCACGGAGCUGAUUUACAUAUAUAAUCCGAAAACAUGGGCGUUAUUCAUAACUUCAAUUUUUUAACGGACUCCCCAGUUGCUCUAGCUGAACUGGAACUGGAAGACCAUUUGGAUGAGGUACCUGAGGAACAAGUUCACCGUAGACAAAGAAAGAUCAAGCACAGAAAUCCUGUUAGGCCUGAGGUUUCUGGCAUUAGAGUUCGAAAUGGGAAACGUUUCAAGCGUGGAGAAACAACUGGUUUCUUGAAAACUGUGGAUGAUGAAGAUGUUGAAGAAGUGACCAUCUAUGACUUUAUCCCCAAGACGGUAUCAGCUUUCACUCUGUUGUUGAAGGAGAGAGAAAAAAUGAAGGCUUGGAACAACUUCAUUAACAGAAGUGAUGAAGACCAGUGGAAGAUUCUGAACAAUAUUGAUGAUCAGCAUGAUUGGAUUGUUCAUGAUGGUGAUGAAGACAGUGUAGAUGAUGAUAGACGUAAUCAUCCUGCUUUCUCUGCUGAAGAAAGCUAUGGGAAGAUUGACUGGGAGUUGAGAAACACAUUAAAGAAACGUCAUGUACCUGUGGUUAUAAUGAAAGUGGUGUUCGUUGGACCAAAGUAUGUAACCAGCACGUGAUAUUCCGUCCCCCACCUGUCUUUUUGUCUACCUUCUUGGAGCUAAAGGCACGACGUUUUCGCCAAGGUUUCUGCUAAUUGCCUGUUUGUAAACUGUACAUCAGAUUAGUGUUUUUCCAGUUAAGGCAAAAACAGUAAACAGUGUAUAUAAAUUAGCUUUGUAUUCCCCUCUUCAAGUUAAGGAAUGACAUGAUAUUGUAUUUUAAAAUUUUAUACUUGUGCCUUUAAGUCUUCAUUUUACAGGAAAGAUUCCAUAAACUAUUCUCUUAAGUUAACAGAAAUGUAUUUGUGACAAUAAUAAAUUAUCUGUUAAAGCUGUUUUGACAAAAAAAAAUUCAGUUGUUGUAAAUCUGGAGGCUGUAACUUCUCUCUUCAGAAGUAUUUUUGUUGACGUAAAUUUUUCAAGUGUUAUUACUUUGGAGGAAAUAAUUUGUUACUUUUGUGGCAACACUAAUUCAACUGGUAUUAACAGGUUUGUUUUUAUAUUGUACGUAGCAUAGUAAGUUUCAAAGGGAAUAAUGUUGGCUUUGAAAUUUGUUAUAUAAGAGAUAUGUAGAUAUCUAGAAGUAGAAAACGUUUGGUUCAUAUAUUGUUGGUUUUAUUUAAUUUACCUUUGUCUGUUGUAAUUGUAAUAUGACAGUAACUCUUAAGAUGUAUUGUAAGAUUUAAUUUGAAAUGUGUUUGUGAUAAUAUUAAAUGGUCAUUCUUCCAUAGGAUGUAAGUGUUGCAUGUCUAUAUAUUCUGUAAAUGUAAUUCUCACCUUUGUGUACUUAGUGAGCUCUAUAUGAGUAUGAUAUUCAAGCUCUUGUUUUUAUCGUAACUUAAAACAAAUAAUAAUAAAAGGAAAGAAAAUUACCUUCUA